UUAAAUGUUAUUAAAAAUAUUAUAUUAUCACUACAUUAUUAUUAAAAAUUGUUUACUAAAAAUUUAGUUUUUUUUUAUAAAAACAUUAAAACAAUAUAUAAUAAAACACACAAAAAUCAAACAAAUGAAGUUAACUAUAAUAUGUUGUUCAUUAAUGUUUAUUAUUUUGUCGAUUUUAUUAUUUGAUGCUGAUGGACAAAAACCGGGGUCACCAGGAGGCAAACCAGGGACACCAGGGGGUAAACCGGCAACCCCUGGCGGUAAACCGGGUACACCAGGGGGUAAACCGGCGACACCAGGCGGUAAACCGGGUACACCAGGGGGUAAACCGGCGACACCAGGCGGUAAACCGGGUACACCAGGGGGUAAACCGGCGACACCAGGCGGUAAACCGGGUACACCAGGAGGCAAACCAGGAGCACCAGGAGGUAAACCGGGAACACCAGGCGGUAAACCAGGGACAUCAGGAGGCAAACCAGGAGCACCAGGAGGUAAACCAGGAGCACCAGGAGGUAAACCAGGAGCACCAGGAGGCAAACCAGGAGCACCAGGAGGCAAACCAGGAGCACCAGGAGGCAGACCAGGAGGCAAACCAGGAGGAAGACCAGGAGGCAAACCCGGUGGCAAACCCGGUGGAAAACCUGGAGGAAAACCUGGUGGUAAACCAGGUGGUCAACCUGGCGGUGGUAAUGUACCACCGAAAAAUAAUUUUGUUGAAAAUAUUUAUAGAUUUGCAAUAACCAGACGUCAUCGCUACUAUAAACUACUCGUAUGGAGAAUCUGUUUCAAUAUUGGUCGCCGAUGUUUUCGUGUUUGGUGUAAUCAACCGUAUUGUCAAUCAUUUUACUGGCAAUGUAUGAGAGGUCAGGGUUCGUAUCCGUUUAUAAAUCCCCAACAAAACAAUAAGUGUGGUAAAGGCGGUGGUGGGGGUCGGGGACGGGGUCGGGGUGGAGGUGGUAGACGUCGUGGCGGAUGGCGUCGUGGGGGUGGAAGACGUGUUAGGGUUUGGGGCUAAAAUUAAUUCCAACAACCAAAUCAAUAUAAUAAAUUAUUUUAUUAGUUAUCAAAAUAUU